UUGUGCUCAUGAAAACAUGGAGUGCAAACUAGACAGCCCUUGUUCUGAACUUUCACGAUGUGAUGGUUUAGAGGUAGAUAAAGCUGUUUCAGAUUUGUGGAUAGACAUCAAUACAGUGAAGAGUGGCGUUCUGGCAGUAUUUUUUUAUCUCAUCUGCAGACUAUUACAAGAUUUAUUAAGAUGGCCAGUUAGUUUCAUAUUCUCUCUCACAGGACUGUCUUUCCUGUGGAGUCUGCUUGUGCAUGUGGCCCGGGGUUUACUAGUCAUGUUAAAAUGGUCAACACACAUAUGGAGCUUUGUUGCCGUUCUGCUGUCCAUGUUCUCCAAAAUCAGCUGGGUACCUGAUGCCUUCAGGAGUGUAGCAGGGUCCUUUAUAAAUGUGAAGCAGUACUGUGAAGGGCUCUCGAAGCGCACUGCCUCCAUUUCAGAACAUCUUUCCUUAACCACAACUUUAAGACCUCACGUCAGAGACCCUGGGCUUCGGGUAAUUGUGCUGGGCCCGAGCAGAGGGAUGUGUGGCAGCCUGAGAGACAGCCUUUUGGGUUACAGUGCAGGAGCUCUAGCCCCUGAUAUCGAGAGCACUACCUGGAGAGCAAAGGUAGACGGGAGAGAAGUGACUGUUGUUGAAACUCCUGAUCUCUUUGGUACGUCUCUGAGUGUAAAACUGCAAGCACAAGAAGCCCUACGAAGCCUCCAGCUGACCUCACCUGGUCCUCAUGCUCUUCUGCUUGUGCUUCCAACAACUUACUUGGAUAAGGUUUAUCAAAACAGUGCACAGAGCUUCUUCUUAAGGUUGCUUCAUUUACUGGGUGAAGAAACAGCGAAGUAUGUGCUGGUGGUUUUCACUUGUGUAAAUCUACGGGGGGGCUUCUCCUCUCUGGAGCAGCUUCUGGAAGAAGACUAUCUAGGAAUAAAGGCCGCUCUGCCUCUGUAUGGGGACAGAGUGGAUUUGGUUAACAUCAGUCCGGGUCGCUCUAUAGAAAGCAGGAUGGUUGAGGGCAGAAGGCUGCUGGACAGAGUAGCGAACAUGAGAACGCAGCAGGGUCACUUCAUUCACGAGUUCCAACAGCAGGAAGAUCAGAUCAGGACAGAACUGCUAAACGACAUGACUUUACAGAUAGAACAAAAACUGGAAGGUCUGAAAAAGUAAAUUGGAGAUGACAAACAUAAAUGACUAUCAUUUAUAAUUAUUAUGUUUUGUACAAGUACAAGUACAAGUGCAACAGAUUGUAUCUUUUUUUUUAUAAUACCUUAUUGUGAGUUGUGUCCUGACAAAUCCCUGUCCCAGAUUAGUUUUUUUUUUGUUUGUUUUCCUCAAUAAAAUUAUUUUUUGUAAUCUAAUACAAUAAUACAGAACUAUGCUUAGAUAUGUCACAGUAAUGCAAAGCAUAAAUAAAAACAUUUGCAAUAGCUGUAAUAUUUUAUGUUGUCUAUAUCAUACAGCUGUACUUUCUUAAAGGCAUUUUAAAAAUAUAUAUAUUAUAUUAUUUUUUGUCUUUAUAAUUACCUGACCUGUUUAAGG